UGUCAGAAAAUUAAAUAAAAACAACAUCAAGAAGCGAAAAGUAGAAAAAUCUUCAAAAAAGAGUGCAAAAGUGAAGCGCAGCAGCAAAUUCUGUGCGUGUGAACAGCCAUUUCAAAACAAAAACAUCCGUGAAGCGAAAAAUCAGGUUACCGCCGCGGAAUAAACCGGGUCUAAAGUGAAGGAAAAGUUCCACUCGUGCACGGUCCACAGCAAUGCGUAUGACACGGUUUUCGCGCGGCCGUCCGGAUUACGGCGGUGGAGGACGCCGAGGUCCCCCUCCGAACGGUCGCUUUCGUGGGGGUCGUGGUAAUUCGCCUCCCGGUGGUCGUUUCUCUUCAGGUGGUCGCCCGCCAAGACGGUCCAGUUUCGAGGGUCAUUCGUAUCGACCGUCGCCGUCGUCGUCGGGGCCCGCCCCGUUGAUGCAGCAGGGAAUGCGUUCGGAUCGCUAUCAGUCCGGUGCUGGACGGCACGGAUCUUUUUCACAGCAGCAGCCGCCGCCGCAGCAUCAGCAUCAGGGUCACCACCACCAACACCAACACAGUCGUCAUCAACACGAGCCCCACCAGCAGCUCGCUCCGCAUUUGACUGAGCGGGCGCGAUAUCCGGAUCGUCGGUACAGAUCACCGGUUCCCGUGGUGCCGCAGAGUCCCUCGGUUGAAAAGGAAGUCAAACCGCGGGCGUCGCGGGAACAAGCUCGCAGUCCUGUUGCUACCGCCGCUGUGGAACGACGGCGAACCAAGAAGCGACACCGCAGUCUCAGUGCCGCCCUCAGCGACAUAAGUUCCGGCAGCAGUUUCUUCGCCGAUGUGGUGGACAGUGAUGCGUAUGCGAGUCCAGAUUACGACGAGCUCACUAGCGAAGAAGAGGAAGAGGAAGGAGGUGUAGAAGAAACGGAGGAAGAAGUGGAAGAGGAGGAAGAAAUUCUCGAGGAAGUGGUAAAACGGAAGAAGAGGAAGAAAGACAAGAAGAAGAAAGAGCGAGAGCGGAAGCAGCGAAAGAAGGAGAAAAAGCGGAAGAAGGAAAUUUUGGAGGAGAGGAUCUGUCCGCCGGAACAUGACGUGGCUCAAUCGAAGGAGAUUUUCUCGUCGGGCAAGAAUAUCCUGGUGAGCGUGAGCUUUGCCGAUGGGGAUCCUGAGGAUGCGGCGGCAGCGGAAAAGGCUUACCGAAAGGCCAAGAAGAAGAAAUCUAGCCGAAAGAAGGGCAAGGGAGAAGGAAAACACAAGGACGACCGCAAGAAGCAUGACGAUUCGCUGGAGUACCCAUCAACGAGUCAGCGAAAGAAACGCAAAGUGGACGAGAACAUCAAACCGGUGGCAAUCAUUGACCUGGAACGAUCACCCGGCAAACAGUUGAUUUCCAGUCCCAAGGAGGUGAUCGUCCUAAGCGACGAAGAAGCUGCCAACAAAAAGAAGGGCAAACCGUCGGCCAGCGAUCUGGUCGGACCGAACACUCCUCCGGAGCCGGCCCCGAAAUCGCCGGAAUCCUACGAUCCCUUCGAACCGACCAAAUCUCCGACUCAAUCGCCCGGUUCCGGACACAAUCUGGGCAGCAUAUCGACAGUUAGCUAUCCGGAGCAUCACCACCCGCAACACCACCAUCACCAUCAUCAUCUGCGAGUGGCGAAGGAUCCGCAGCUGGCGACGAUGUCCCAGGCUUCGGUCGAUCUCAACAGCCCCGCCGGCGAUCACUACGACGACAGUGUCCUCGAUCUACAUCCGACGUCCCCGAUGGACCAGCUUUCCCCGCGAGGACCAUUCCGGCAGUCACCGCUCAAGGCUCACCGACCUUCGCCGAUGAAGAAAUCGAGCCACGUUCCGGCUACGGCCACGGUCACCUCCGGUGCCAUGGUGCCCGGAGCGACCGUCGGUAUUCCAACCUUUGGCGGCGGCGGCGACGACAUGGACGAUGGGGACAUUUCGCCGUAUUCGCCACGAUCGAGCGACUGCGACGACCACAUGUUCGAUCCACCGCCGGAAGGUGGUUCGGCCAACGGAAGCGGAAGUCAGCAGCAGCCCAAGACCAUCGCCCUCACGGUGGACAACCUAAGGCGGGUGUUUGGCAACGACAAAAAGACACUCUAUGGGGACCUGAGGAGGCCCAACGAGGCCGUGCUGGUGGUGGACGAGAUGUACAAACCGCAACGUGUGACGAUGCAGAUGCUGGACGAGAUGCCCAACUCCGCUGUCGACCUGCAGAUUAAAGAGAAGCUAAUCCAGAAGCUACAACGCCAGGAGCGUAUCAUCGAGGAAGUUAAGCACUUCCUCAAGCCGCACUUCAACAAGAAGCGCAUCAACAAGGACGAGUACAAGGACAUCAUGAAGAAGUCCGUUCCGAAGAUCUGCCACAGCCGAUCCGGCGAGAUCAACCCGGUCAAGGUCCAGAACCUGAUCACGGCGUACGUGAAGAAAGCCAUCGCGAAACGUCGCAUUUCCGGCAACGCGAUCGUAUCGUCUACCACGGCGGUCACGUGAUAAUCAUACCCCAUAUAGUAAACAACCGCGCAUCGAGAAUGAAGCUGUAAAGGACGUUUCGCGAUCGAAUGCUGUAAGAAAUAUUACGCGAUCGUGUCUUCGGCGUCGUAGUCGUCGUGCGUGCGGUAUCUCGGAACGAAUCGGUUGCGUGUUGUUGUUCCGCCGCGUGCGGUUCCGAGUGUUUUCGUUGAAAGAAAGAAUCUUCGUUUUUAAGGGUUAGAACCAUUGGGGGAACAGUAGUAACGAUUUGGGGAAUCGUUUGAAGGGAUAUUGGUUGUCUCAGGUGAAACUUACAAGUAUUCAAGUGAUGCGCAUUCAUCAUGAGAGCAAGAACAUAAGUGGCGAAAAGUGUGCAGGAAGAUCGGAAAGCCGAAAGAUGAUCUACAUUAUUGUAUUAUAGUAUAACCCGGCAGCGUACGGUGGCAAGAAAAGGCAAUGUGCAAAUGAAAAAGUGUAAGUGGAACAGUGAAUAUACCUAUCGUGAGUUUGUAGAAUAGUCAUAAGUUGUGAAGCAACGGAGCGUAAGUUAUAAUUUAUUUUUUAUUAUACACCCUUUAUUUCAUCUUGAAUCAAAAGAGCUUGAAAUUCUAUUGAACUCGUCUCGGAAAUCAAGCACCGAUGUAACUAUUUAUAAGUUUUCCAUUUUUCUGAACUUUACAUUCGUUAACUUUGUUUACGCUACUUAUUAUCGUUGGACGGGUCAAUCUCGUGACUGUAUGGGGACUAAUCAAAUCCCAAUUGAGGUUCCAAUCUACAAUAAUUCAGAGAUCACUGCUGUCUCGGUUGAGCAGAUAGCAAUUCGUUUACAGCUGUAGGAAUAGCACUAAUUUGAAUGUAAAACCUCUAGAUGGCGUUGUUUAAGUGCAAAACUAUGGAAAAUUUUAAAAGAUUAACCAAUAAACAAACAUUAGCACAGGAAGUGCUCAUAGUGUGAA